AUUAACGAUCCGCUCAGUCCGUUACAGCUCGUCGACGGAGGAGCAGCAGUUAGAGUCCACGGACACGCAGGACACGACGGAGGAGCAGCAGAGAGUCCUCUCAGAGAGUCCACGGACACACACACAGACACGCUGAGAGUCUUUCUCUGUGGAUAUUUACACUUCUUCCUCUCCAGAGAAGGGACGGAUCCACUCCCACUGAAGUGACCCACAAAGUGACCCAGACGCUGUCGCUUUAAAGCGAACACCUCCCCCUCCCCCUUCAAACAUUGGAGCCCCCCAAUCACCCAGAUAACAUGGACGGAUUCUACGACCAGCAAGUCCCCUUCAUGGUCCCACCCAGUCACAAGUCUCACGUGGAGGAAGCGUCUCACAGCAGGCCGCUCAACGACAGGAAGAGGAAAUUUGUGGACACAGAGCUCGCCCAGGACACAGAAGAACUUUUCCAAGACCUCAGUCAGCUGCAAGAGAUCUGGAUCGCAGAAGCCCAGGUGCCUGAUGACGAACAGUUUGUCCCAGAUUUCCAGUCUGAUAGCUUGAUGUUUCAUGGCCCGCCACCCGCCAAGAUCAAACGAGAGCUGACCCCCUCCAAAGACCUCUCUCCCUGCCGCCAGGACCGGAGUCCCAUGCCCUACGGAGAGAAGUGCCUUUACAGCUACAGUGCCUGUGACAGGAAGCCCACUCCAGGGUUCAAGCCAUUAACUCCCCCCUCCACGCCCGUCUCCCCCUGCGGCCCCACCAGCACAGCAGUAACGCAGACCCCGCCUCCUCACCCCCAUGUAGCCAACCAGAGCGCAGGGCCGCGUCCAGUUCACGUACAGCAGCCUAUCACAGCGAGCGGCGGCUCCGCCAACCAGCAGGCCCUCCCAGUCCACAGCCACACCCCGCCCUUCGCCGUGCCCUGCGCCCCCAUCAGCCAGGAUGCCAACACCUUCACACCUGAGCACAGGUUCCAGAGGCAGAUGUCAGAGCCAUGUCUACCUUUCCCCCCGUCAGAGAGCCAAGGCCGCCCUCAGUUCCUGCCCCAGCCCCCCAGCAGCAGCACCAACAGCCUGCCCCGAGACAGCCGGCCACCCUACCACCGGCAGAUGUCCGAGCCGCUGGUAGCCGUGCCUCCAUCCCAGGGGUUCAAACAAGAGCUGAUCGACCCACGGUACACCGAGCAGGGCGCCCCCGCCAUGGGACCCCCCGUCCCUCCGCAGGGGCCUCCACGCCAGGCCGCUUUCCACCCCAUGGCCAUCAAGCAGGAGCCGCGGGACUUCUGCUUCGACUCUGAAGUGCCUAACUGUCAGUCAUCGUUCGGGAGAGCGGGGAGCUUCUACCAGAAUAACCAUGAAAGUUUCUCCUUCGACAGAGAUCAUCAGCUGUACUUCGACGACACCUGCGUGGUCCCAGAGAGAUUAGAAGGUAAAGUCAAACAGGAGCCCUCUGUGUACCGUGACGGUCCUCCCUACCAGCGCCGCGGCUCCCUGCAGCUCUGGCAGUUCCUGGUCACCUUACUGGACGACCCGGCUAACGGUCACUUCAUCGCCUGGACCGGCCGCGGCAUGGAGUUCAAGCUCAUCGAGCCCGAAGAGGUCGCUCGUCGUUGGGGAAUCCAGAAGAACCGACCGGCCAUGAACUACGACAAGCUGAGCCGCUCUCUGCGCUACUACUACGAGAAGGGCAUCAUGCAGAAGGUCGCCGGUGAGAGGUACGUCUACAAGUUCGUGUGCGACCCCGAGGCUCUCUUCUCCAUGGCCUUCCCCGACAACCAGAGGCCCAACCUGAAGGUGGACCCGGACAGCCUGCCCGGUCUGGACGACGACACCGUGCCCCUCACCCACUACGACGACGCCGCCCCCUACCUGCUGGACGCGGCGGAGCAGUGCGUGGCGGGCCUGCCCUUCCCAGACGGCUACGGCUACUAACGCCACCCCGACGCACGCCGCACAUCGACACGCCAAGACACUCCCUCUGACGCCCGCUCUCUACCAAUCCAGAGCGGGGGCCUGCUGAGCGGCGUUGAAGGAACCUCCUCUCUGCUCCCUCUCCCGCUCACCUUCAGAAUGGAGCUCCCCGAGCUGACGACGAACGAGGGGAUCAGACCCGCCAUGAACCAGUGAAGGGAGUGGUGGACUGGACUCUGUAGCUCUGCCCCGCCCAAGCAAAAAGGGGGGGCCGCCGAACGCUACGAAGACCAAACGAAGCCAGACCACGACUUUCACAUGAACUGACAGAAGUUACGUUUCUGAGUUUGUGACAAUCUGCUUUUCGUAAAAUAAAAACAAAGAAAUGUUAAAUUGUUCAAAUCUAAAUUCUACGGUUGCCUUUCGGGUUCCCUCUCCCCUCAUCUCAUGUCACCACAUGUCAAAGUUCCAGAUCCGUUAAAGGGCUUUAAUUUGCAGAAACGGAUGAAGACAAACACACAGCAUACUCUGACCCCACGGAGGAUUUGUUUUCUGUAGAUAGGACUUCUUUUCUUUCUAAAUAUGCCAGCUGUUCCUACAUUUCGUGGAGACCCAGGACUCUCAGGUUCUCGGGGCGUUGCUGUAUUUUCAGGCUAGUCGGUCGGGCUGCUCUCUCUCUCUCUCUCUCUCUCUCUCUCUCUCUCUCUCUCUCUCUCUCUCUCUCUCUCUCUCUCUCUCUCUCUCUCUCUCUCUCUCUCUCUCUCUCUCUCUCUCUCUCUCUCUCUCUCUCUCUCUCUCUCUCUCUCUCUCUCUCUCUGUCUCUCUCUCUCUCUCUCGCUCUCUCGCUCUCUCUCUCUCUCUCUCUCUCUCUCUUGUGUAAAUGUUCUGUCUUUAAUCGUCCCGCCCGUGUAAGAGAUUGUAUCUGCUUCCCCUUUAGAGACCGCCCCCCCUGCGGUCAGCAUCUAUACAGUACACUCCUCCUCUGUAUCACGUCUGUUCAUCACUGCUGGGUCCUUUUUUACCGACAUGACGAGCGCUCUGUUUUCAAAAGGGACACGCACACAUGAGUUCGUAUUUUCCCAUGAAGCCUAAGAGUCUGUCUGAUGAAGUGCGCUCCUCUUUUUGUACUCCUGUCCGGGUGCUCCGGUCCCCCCCGGCUGUGUAGUCCCUCUGAUGAUCCAGUAUGGCAGGAGCAUCGGGACGUUGCAUGCAAGAAAAAAAACAAAGGGGAGGGUUUUUUGACGACCUUCUUUUUUUGGACACCUUCUCUGCCAAUCACGAGCGGUCGUGGUGGAGCGGAGACUUCUGCUUCUCUUUGCAUGGUGUACGUGUCCACUAACAUAUCGCUUUACUGUCUCUGGACAAAGAAGAUAUUUGUGAUAUUCUCUGCAGUUUUAUUUUUGUGUUCUUUCUGUAUGUUUCUGAACCGGGGCAAAGACAAACGUAUAUAAAAGUAUAUAUUUUUGCUAUAAGGCUGCAUUUGUUUUGAUGUAUAAGCUGUAUAGUUCUGGCUCUAAUAGACAUGUACCUUUUUAAACCCCCCUCCCUCCUGAUCCUGAUGCUUCUCCUGCAGACUGUGUCUUUAAGAGGCCUCCGUGUGGAGGAGACGUCGUCGUUAUCUGGCCUGUGAAAUGUGUGUGUUUUUAAAAUGCCAGAGUUCCAGCAAAGGCCAAAAACCGAGACACGCAUUUUAUCAUGGGAUCCAGGCGCGGGGGAGUCUGCUCAUGUAUAGGCUUCAGUCCUCUCCCCUCCCCUCACAAUGUGUUUCUUACACUGCUGAGUUUAUGAUAAUCUGUACUGGGUACAAUAAACGGUCCUUUAUGCUUCA